GGUAAACAAGACCAAGUUAUUAUUUCUAAAAUCAAAACAUUCACUACAAACGUGUUUCGCAUUUGAGUAUUGGCACUGUCAUUGUCAUUGUCAUUGUCAUUGUCAUUGUCAUUGUCAUUGUCGUUCGCUAGAUGAUUCAAUUGUAUUCCUAGUUUCCUUCUGCUUCUCUUCUGCUUCUCUUCUCUUCUGCUUCUCUUCGACGAUCUUUGGAUUUUCUUCCAAUUCCUUCUUUUCCUCACCGAUCCCGAUAUCGAUACCGGCUUCGAUAUCCGUCCGUAUCCAUAUCCAUAUCCACAUCCACAUCGACAUUGAUAUUGAUAUUGACAUUGUCCCCCAGACUGAAAACGAACACCAAAACGUCCGAUUAAUGAUAUCACAAACACCACCCAGGACGGCCAAUACAUCUUAGCUGGCUCCAGAAAUACUUUCUCUUAUGCAUCGCUAACGUGCUCAACGUUACUCAACAUGUCUUCAGUUUUGACUGGCAAUGCCACGACGACCUCUGCCGCAGCGUCCUCAACCACCACGACUGCAGCGCAAGGCUCCGAGGGUAUUAGUCUGGUCGCCCUUCUGACGGCAAUGGCAUCGUCUGCUACCAUUUUUGGCGUACAGAUGAUAGCUUUUAUGCUUUUGAAGAACAAGCUUGCACGGAUAUUGUAAGUCGGUACCAUUUUACAUGUGGCGAUCAAACCAAAAACCUAUUUAGUGCCCGAAAAAGAACGAACAGAGCCCCCUCCUCGAAGUCCUUGGGGUUGGCUAUUUACCAUCUUUCAGUUUCGAGAUCGAGAAGUGAUCAACAAGUGCGGGUUGGACGCCUACUUUUUCCUGCGAUACCUUCAAACCCUCCUGGUCAUCUUCAUUCCUAUGGCCAUCGUCAUCAUACCUAUUCUUGUACCCAUGAACUAUAUUGGAGGGAGAGGUGGAGACUGGGCUUUGCAGUAUGCCAACGACAAGAAUACCACAGAGGUUUCUUCGAAUCCAAAUGUAACUGGGCUGGACCAAUUGGCUUGGACUAAUAUACAGCCUAGCAAGACCAAUAGAUACUGGGCACAUCUGGUGCUUGCUCUCUUGGCCAUCAUGUGGGUCUGCGGUGUAUUUUUUGCAGAGCUACGAGUGUAUAUUAAAGUACGACAAGAUUACCUAACAUCUGCAGAACACCGGUUGAGAGCUUCGGCAACGACGGUUCUUGUCAGUGCCAUUCCGGAUAAAUGGCUUACGAAAGAAGCUCUCGCUGGACUGUACGACGUUUUCCCUGGCGGAAUCAGGAAUAUUUGGAUCAAUCGAAAUUACGAUGAAUUAUUGACGAAGAUCCAUCUUCGGGACAAAAUCCAUUUGCAAUUGGAGGCUGCCGAGACGGAGUUGAUCAGAGCAGCGAAGAAAGCCCAGAGAAAACAAGCAGAGAAGGAGGAGAAAGCUAAAGCUAAGGAAUCGAAUCGCAAACGGACCAAGGAAGAGAAAGCCGAGAAAAUAAAACGCGAAAAUGAGAGAGCGGCACAAUUGGCGCAAAGUGGUGGAGUUGCGACGGGCGAGGAAGUUCCUCAUACUAUAGAUGAUGCAUUAGACGAGGAGGCAGAAUUAGAGAGGCAGGAAGCAGCUCGAGAACAUAAGCGACACAAUUCGAAAAAAUUCAAACUUGGCAAUCCUCUCGCCGCUGUAGGACAAGGUUUUGAGGCGGUUGGACAAGGCUUGAAUAAAGGUGUGGGCGCUGUUGGAAAGGCAGGGGGUACUGCUUUUGGGGGCGUUUUAGGACUCGGCAGAGAACUGGAUGAGACAAUCGAAGAAACGAAUGGUAACGGUUUCGUAAGUCUCGACGCACCAUCGAUAACAGAGGACGACGAAUAUGAUCAAUAUGGAAGGUAUAGACAACGACCAAAACCGUAUGGAUCUGGUGUGGAUGAUGAAAAGAACCGGGAACUUGAGAAGCAAGGAGGAGAACGCCCGUCGACAUCCGACCGUGAUCCUCAAAGUUUUGAAGGGGAUAGAAAGAUGCAAGGGAAUACUGUACGAAGAAAUGGCUUCCAAUAUGGAGGGGAUGGAACCAAUGACGCCUUCCAAACUAACAAUUGGUGGAAAUUCUGGAAAGGUCCCGCUGGCGGGUUCCCAUCUCCAAUUCCAACGGGAUAUGAAGAUGAUGAAGAAUUUCCUUUAACGCAAGGCGAUGGGGCGAAGUCGAGAGUUGCCACUGGUGCGCCGCCGAAGAAGAGUGCGUGGGAGGUAAUCAAAGGUGUUAUACCUUUCCUGCACUCUGACAAUGGACCAAGUGUAGAAUAUCCGAAGGCUUUCAACGAGGAAUACCAGGAAAAUGCAACGGCCGCAGCUUGGCAACGCUAUCUAAAGGAAAAGGAUAGGCCAACGCACAGGUUAGCCAGGUUCAGUUGGACUCCUGAUUGGUUUUUUGGCAUUCCUGGAAUCAGUCCCAAGGUCGAUACAAUAUAUUGGUGUCGUGAACAACUCGCUCAGCUAAACGUUGAGAUCGAAUUGGAUCAAAAGUCUCCUGAGAGAUUUCCUCUCAUGAAUUCGGCUUUUAUUCAAUUCAAUCAUCAAGUAGCUGCACAUAUGGCUUGUCAGUCUGUUACCUAUCAUGUUCCAAAGCAAAUGGCACCACGUACUGUUGAGAUUUCGCCUAACGAUGUCCUUUGGGAUAAUAUGUCUAUCAAAUGGUGGGAGGCUUGGCUCAGGUCCGCUGUCAUUAUUGCUGUCGUUCUUGGGAUGAUUAUUUUAUGGUCGAUUCCUGUCGCAUGGACAUCAAGUUUAUCCCAGAUAUCUUCUUUGGUCAAUACCAAACCUUGGCUUCAUUGGCUUCAGGUUAUACCCGAAAAGGUUCUUCAAGCCGUAGCAGGUGUUUUGCCCGCCAUUGUGCUUAGUAUCUUGCUAUCGUUGGUGCCAACAAUUUUGGGAUAUCUUGCCUUUGCUCAAGGUUCACAAACUGGCAAUGAGAAGCAAGGUUUGGUUCAAACUUAUUAUUUUGCAUUUCUCUUUGUUCAAGUUUUCUUGGUUGUGUCCAUCGCUGGUGGCGCGGUAGCUGUAUUGGGAUCAUGGUCCAAUGAUAUUACCUCUAUACCCGAAACACUUGCACAGCAAAUCCCAAAGGCAGCGAAUUAUUUCUUCUCUUACAUGAUUCUUCAAGCAUUAUCUGUGAGCUCGGGUACACUCUUACAAUUAACGACUCUCAUUUUCUGGUUCGUUUUACCAAAGAUUUUCGAUAGCACUGCUCGACAAAAGUGGACUAGAAAUACAACACUUCCAUCUGUAACGUGGGGAUCAUUCUUCCCUGUUUACACCAAUUUUGCCUGUAUUGGUUUGAUUUAUUGCGUGGUUUCGCCUGUUAUCAUCAUUUUCGUCAUCAUUACAUUCACGCUUCUCUGGAUUGCGAAUCGUUACAACAUGCUUUAUGUCUCUCGGUUCAGGAUUGACACAGGAGGACUUCUAUACCCACGUGCUAUAAAUCAGACAUUUACUGGUUUAUAUGUUAUGGAAUUAUGCCUCAUCGGUUUGUUCUUCUUGACUCAGGAUGAGCAAGGUGAUUCACUUACUCCUCAGGCCAUCAUUAUGAUUAUUGCUUUGUUACUCACUGCUCUUUACCAAUUCCUUCUCAAUUGGUCGUUCGGUCCUCUACUUCGAUAUCUGCCAAUCACAUUUGAGGAUGAAGCUGUUCUUCGUGAUGAAGCAUUUGAUCGGAUGCAAGCCGAACGUCUUGGUCUCACUAUUGCAGAUCCUGAGGCAGUACCACAAAAUGAUGGUACUGGUAUCGCAGGACCUGGGUACAUUGAAAUGGACGCACUGCAUCCUACGACAACAAAUAGGGAUAGCGGUAGUAAAUUCUCCAAACUUAAACCAUCAAACCUUGUACAUGGUGCAGCUGUAGCUGGUGGUUGGGCUUUACAAUCCGGACGAAAUCUUCGACACAAAACAUUUGCCCGUGGAAAUGGCACUAAUGGUCCUCAACCUAUUGAUGAGCCAGUUGUUCGACCACAAAUCACACGCAAACGACGUCAUAAAGAUAUUGAAGCGCAGCAAAAGAUCGCAAAUGCACUUUAUGGUGGGUACAAUGAUGAAAUUGAAGAUUUGGCACCGGAAGAAAGAGAUGCUCUUGUCAAACAUGCGUUUCAACAUUAUGCGUUGAGGGCUCGAAGACCGGUGGUUUGGAUUCCAAGAGAUGAUAUUGGGGUUAGUGAUGAUGAGGUUAAGAGGACGAGAGAUUACGCAGGAGCGAACAUUUGGAUUAGUAAUGUGGGAGCAGCGUUGGACGCGAAGGCGAGGGUGGUGUAUGGCAGGAAUCCGCCGGAUUUCUCAGAGGUGGAUUUGAUUACGCUGUAAUCAUUUUGUGGUUUUGUCAGGGAGGGGAGAUUAAAUGGUUGGGAUUGAGAGGGAAAUGAGGGAAGGAAUGGCGUUUGAGUUUUUGUAUAUGAGGGGUAGGGUAGGGUAUGGUAUUUGGGUUGGUAUUUGGAUUUUACAUAUUUAACGAUGGAGGGGAGAAGAUGAUGGGGAUGGAGAUGGAAAUGCAGAUAGAGGUUGUGCAUAUGGAGUGAGCGGGUUAUUAAUAGAUUAUUCAUUCAUGUUUGCAUGGGAAACGGCCGAAUAGAAUAGAACAAAUAUACUGACAGGCAGAGAGAAAAGAGUUUAGAUGGUAUGGAGUGGGAGCUGAGCUUGGGGGAUCAGAUUGGGUGGGAGUGUGGAGAUGGAGAUGGAGAUGGAGAUGGAGAAUUAAGAUACCCGUUUCUUUUGAUAGGAUAGAUGAUAUUGGAGAUGGGGAUGAGAGGAAGAUGGGUGGAUAAUUACAUAGUUGAGUACGUACAUAGAUAGUCGGUUGCGUAGAUAGAAAUCCAAAGCAGAAUCAUUUGAAUGUUUAAUUUUGGUGGUCUGUCUGCAAUGUCUGAAUGUUUUGUUGGCAUGGUUUAGGUUUGGGCAGAAGAGGAUGAAUAAUCGAAACUGGUUUCUUCUAAUAUAUAUAUAUGUGCUGUUUCUAUAGUAGUAGUCGUCUUGAGUGGGUGAGGGAGGCGGCGGAGAGACUAAAUUGAAUAUAUAGAAGAAUAGAAAAGAGAUGGAGAAUAAAUAAAAUUUAUGUUUUCUAACAAUAUACGAGUAGAAAUUGAAUAAAUAAAAGAAUACCUAAUAAGAGAAUAGAAAAGAAAUAGAAGAGAUAAAAUUGAUAUUUUUCUAAUAUAUAUAUUCUGCCUCUACAGCA